GUAUUCAAGAGGAGGUAUUUUUAUUUGUCACAACUCACAGAUGGCUCCUAUAUUCUUAAUUCCUACAAAGAUGAGAAAAUUUCAAAAGAAUCCAAAGGCUGUAUUUUCUUGGAUGCUUGCAACGAUGUUGUUCAGUGUCCUAAGAUGCGCCGUUAUGCAUUUGAACUGAAGACAAUAGACAAGUACAGCCACUAUCUCGCAGCUGAAACUGAGCAGGAGAUGGAAGAAUGGCUAGUAACUCUAAGAAAGAUCAUUCAGAGCAAUACUGAGAGUUUGGUGCAAGAGAAGAAAGAUACAGUGGAAUCUGUGCAAGAUGAUGAAUCAAGCACGCAGGGAAAGUCAGAGAACAUCCUGGAGAGCCUGGAGAGAAGCAUGCAUCCGGAGCUGAUGAAGUAUGGAAGAGAAACAGACCAGCUGAACAAACUGAGCAGAAAUGAUGGAAGACAAAACCUCUUUUCUUUCGACCCAGAAGUCCAGAGGCUGGACUUCUCAGGGAUCGAGCCAGAUGUGAAGCCAUUUGAGGAAAAGUGCAGCAGGCGCUUCGUGGUGUACUGCCAGGACUUCUCCCUCAACCUUCUCGCUCAGCUCAGCGACAGGACGGAAGGAGGACCUACCAAUGUUGAACCCUUUUUCCUAAGCUUGGCAUUAUUUGACCUGAAAAAUAAUUGCAAGAUUUCAGCUGACUUCCAUGUGGACUUGAACCCUCCGUCUGUCCGUGACAUGCUGCUGGAUAACUCUGCAUCGGGCAUGGGGGGCACCAAGGGGCAUCCACCAGGAGAGAGCCUUGUGCACGGGGUCCCCGAGUCUUGCCUGCGCUACAUAAAACGGGGUGUUUUCUCUGUGACUGACCCACACGUGGAGAUCUUCCUGGUGGUCCGUGUGGAGAAGGUGCUGCAGGGCAGCAUUACACACUGUGUGGAGCCAUACAUGAAAAACUCGGACCCUGGGAAGACUGCUCAGAAGGUCCAUAAGGUGGCCAAGCAGGUGUGCAGCCGUCUGGGGCAGUACAGGAUGCCCUUCGGCUGGGCUGCCAGGCCAGUUUUCAAAGACUCCCAGGGCACUCUUGAUGCUGAAGGAAAAUUCUCGCCCUUGUAUAAGCAAGACAGCAGCAAACUCUCAAAUGAAGAUAUGCUGAAGCUUUUAGCAGAGUAUAAGAAACCAGAGAAGACAAAACUGCAGGUCAUUCCAGCCCAGUUAAAUAUUAUCAUCAAAGACAUCCCGCUAGACUUUACAAAUUGUGUUACAGCUUCUUACAUUCCUAUAAAGCCUUUUGAGAAGAGCUGUGAGGACAUCACAGUUGAAGUGGAGGAACUUGUCCCAGAAGUUGCAAAAUACUGUUAUCCAUUCACUGUCUACAAAAACCACCUCUAUGUCUACCCCUUGCAUUUGAAGUAUGAGAACCAGAAGGUGUUUGCAAAGGCAAGGAAUAUUGCUGUCUGUGUUGAGUUCAGGGAUUCAGAUGAAGCUGAUGCCAGGCCGUUAAAGUGUAUAUAUGGCAAACCUGGAGGCCAACUCCUGACCACAAACGCUUAUGCUGCUGUGCUGCAUCACAACCAGAGUCCAGAGUUCUACGAUGAGAUUAAAAUUGAGCUUCCAAUUCACCUCCAUCAAAAGCAUCAUUUGCUUUUCACCUUCUAUCAUGUCAGCUGUGAAAUUAAUACAAAGGCAACAUCGAAAAAACAGGACACCAUUGAAACUCAAGUGGGAUACACUUGGGUCCCGUUGCUGAAGGAUGGACGGAUUGUCACCUUGGAGCGGCAUUUGCCAGUUUCAUCCAACCUUCCACCUGGCUACCUGGGUCUUGGAGACACAGAGUCACGAAGGCAGCCCAGCGUGGAUGCAAAGUGGGUGGAUGGAGCAAAGCCACUGUUUAAAAUCAGAAUCCAUUUGGACUCAACUGUAUACACUCAGGACAUGCACUUGCACAAAUUCUUCCAGUACUGCCAGCUGGUUCAGGCGGGAGCAAAGGAAGUCCCAGGAGAGCUUGUUAAAUAUCUAAAGUGUUUGCACGCCAUGGAGAUCCAAGUAAUGAUUCAGUUUCUACCUGUAAUUCUUAUGCAACUGUUUAGAGUCCUUACAAACGUGACACAGGAAGAUGAAGUAGCUGUCAACUGCACCAUGGUUCUUCUGCACAUCGUGUCCAAGUGCCAUGAAGAAGGUCUAGACCACUACUUGCGCUCCUUCAUAAAGUACGUCUUUCGAGCUGAAAAAGCCAGUGUCACACAGGCGAAGAUGACCCAUGAAAUCUUGGUUCUUUCCAUGGCCACAAUCUUGAAACAGUCAGCAGACUUUCUAGCCAUCAAUAAGCUACUCAAGUAUUCGUGGUUUUUCUUUGAAGCACUGGCAAAGUCAAUGGCAAUGUACUUACUGGAAGAAAACAAAAUCAAGCUGCCCAGAGGCCAGCGGUUCCCCGACUCCUACCAGCACGCCCUGCAUUCGCUGCUGCUCGCCAUCAUUCCUCACGUGACCAUUCGCUAUAACGAAAUCCCCGAAGAGUCCAGGAAUGUCAACUUUAGCUUGGCUAACUUCCUGAAGCGCUGUUUGACCUUUAUGGAUAGAGGAUUUGUUUUUAACUUGAUAAAUGAUUACAUUUCUGGAUUCAGCCCAAAAGAUCCUAAGCUGCUGGUUGAAUACAAGUUUGAAUUUCUUCAAACCAUUUGCAAUCAUGAGCACUAUAUUCCUCUGAAUUUACCAAUGACCUUUUCCAAACCCAAGCUGCAAAGAGUUCAAGAUGUAACUCUUGAAUACAGUUUAACUGAUGAGUAUUGCAGACAUCAUUUCCUGGUGGGGCUGCUUCUCAGAGAAACUUCUGUUGCCUUGCAGGACAACUAUGAUACCAGAUAUACAGCCAUCUCAGUCUUAAAAAGUCUCUUGAUAAAGCAUGCCUUUGACAACAGAUAUCAGCACAAGAACCAGCAGGCAAAAAUAGCCCAGCUGUACCUGCCGCUGUUCGGGCUGCUCCUGGAGAACCUCCAGCGGGUGGCCACCCGCGAGGCACUCUACUCCUGCACUGCUGCCUCCAGCCCCGCAUCCAGGGAUGAAUUCAUGUGCAGUUUUGCAUCACCCUCAAAUAGAUCCAGCCUGAUUGCAGACAAAGAUCCAGGCUGCGGAGCAGCACUUCCAAAUGGCCAUGCAGUAAAACGAGAGGACUCAAAAGGAUCCCUAAGCUCGGAGGGGACUAUGGGUUCCCCGGAUCAGAGUGAAAAUAUCUGCAGAAGCUCCACGAGGAGCAGUGUGUCACACUGCAGCCGGCUGGACCAAUUUGAGAUUCGGACGCUCCUGAUGUGCUACCUCUACAUUGUGAAGAUGAUCUCAGAAGAUACUCUUUUAGCUUACUGGAACAAAUUCUCCCCCCAAGAGCUGAUCAAUGUCCUUGUGCUUCUGGAGGUGUGUUUAUUUCACUUCAGAUAUGUGGGGAAGAGAAACAUUGCCAG